AUGCAAAUCUUCGUGAAGACCCUGACCAGCAAGACCAUAGAGGUGGAGCCCAGUGACACCAUCGAGAAUGUGAAGGCCAAGAUCCAGGAUAAAGAGAGCAUCCCCCCUGACCAACAGAGACUCAUCUUUGCCAGCAAGCAGCUGGAAGACGGCCACACCCUCUCUGAUUACAACCAGAAAGCAUCGACCCUGCACCUGGUCCUCCGUCUGAGGGGUGGCUAUUAAUUCUUCAGUCUGCAUUCCCUGUGGGCAGCAAUG